AUGGGUGACUUUGGUGCUUCGACGAGUGCCCAGUUGGCAAGGAAACUUCCUGGUGUACCGAAACGGACGCAGAUUGUGUCAAGUGGAAAGAGGGCUGCGUAUCGAACGCUAUCAGAAAUGCCCGAUGAAGACUGGGGAGUGCCAGAUGUGUGUCUACAGAAGACUGCAGAGGUUAUGUACAUUAUGGAAAUGAAGAAUUGUCGAGCAGCAAUGGGUCAACUGAAGGUGAUGACAGAUGGUAAUCGCAACUGGGCGCUCUUUUCGCCUACUGAUUCUCGAAUGCCGCGUAUGAUGAUACCUGCUGAUCAGCUGCCCUCAGGGUUCUUCGAAAGGCCGCAGGAUUUUGCAAAGUUCAUCUUUGUUGCAAGAAUGGUGGAAUGGCAAGCAACGGCGCAGUUUGCAAGAGGAAAGUUGGAACGUACGCUUGGUGUGGCUGGAGAUGUAGAGAAAGAAUUCAAGUAUCGUCGUGAUCUUCGUGAUAAUGUCGUCUUCACCAUAUAA